CCCCCCCAGACAGUAAAGAGGAAGCUGUGGUGAAUCUUCUUGAGUGUUUCUUCACAGUCGCAGUCAGUCGGCGCUGACAGUCGGAGGGAAACAUCUCCAUCCUCCUCCUCCUCCAUCAUGGCUCCAUCAGUGGUCUUUCUCCUCCUCGGCCUCCUGGGCUCGGCCAGCUCGCUGCCUCCUCCACGGAUCUCCUUCCUCCUCAACUCUGCAGACAGACCUCUGGUCCUCUUCAGCCUCCCCAACGUCCACAACACCACCACGCUGCUGCUUAGCAACGACGGCUCCACCCUGUAUGUAGGAGCACGGGACGCCCUCCUCUCAUUGGACGUCAGUCAGAGUGAUGUCAUCAACCUGAAGAAGAAGGUGGAUUGGCGUCCAUCUGAAGAAGAAAUGACGAGCUGCAGUGAUAAAGGGAAAGACGCAGAGGUCGACUGUCCAAACUUCGUUCGUGUUUUGCAGCCUUUAAACUCGACCCAUCUGUACGCCUGUGGCAGCUACGCCUACAGCCCCCAUGAUGCCUACAUCGACACUGAGAGCUUCUCCAUGAUCAACCAGCGUGAUGGAGCUAAAGGUCGCUGUCCGUUCAGCCCCUUCCAGAGGAACACCGCCCUCACCGUCGACGGUGAACUCUUCACCGCGACCACGUCCGACUUCAGAGGAGCAAAACCGCAGAUUUCUCGACACUUCAGCAGAGGACGGUCCGACGUCAGCCAGGACGUGUCGGUCAGUUUACUGGAGGAGCCUCAUUCGUCAGCUCGGCGUUGGACCCGUCAGACAGGAAGCUCUACUUUUCUUUUAGCGAGGUUGGGAAAGAGUUCAUUCGUAGACCAGCUGCUAAUCUCCCGCGUGGCUCAAGUCUGCAAGGACGACAUGGGAGGACAAAGGACUCUGCAGAAGAAGUGGACGUCCUUCGCCAAAGCGCCUCUGCUCUGUCGCUCUGCCAAACAGCUUCCCUUCAAUGUUCUCCAGGAUGUGUUCACCCUCCAGCCACUAGAGGGCAGCAUGGACUCAGACACACUGUUCUACGGCGUCUUCACCUCUCAGUGGUCUUUGGGUCCAGAAUCUGCCGUGUGCGUCUUCAGACUGCAGGACAUGAGGACGGCGUUUGCCGGGCGCUACCGCACCUUCGACACGCAGACGCACCAGUGGAGCCCGAUGCUGGACAAACGCUCGUACCUGGGAAAGUGUGGACUGGACAACGUGUCAGAUUCAGUUCUAGCGGAGGUGAAGAAGAGUUUUCUGACCAGUAACAGCAUCAAACCGGACGGACUCGGCCCGAUUGUCGUCUCCUCGGAGCACAGAUACAGUCGUGUGGCCGUGAUGAGGACUCAGGCUGCCAACAACAAACACUACACUGUCCUGUUCCUCCUCACAGAGUCUGGGUUCAUCCACAAAGUGGUUUUGUUUGACGGGGGCGCUCAGGUCGUCGAGGAGAUUCAGGUCUUCACGCAGCCUCAGCUGGUCAAAAGCGUUGUCCUGUCCACCUCCAAGGGAGUCCUGUACGUGGGCACGUCGGAGGGCAUCACCGCCGUGCCUGUCGCCAGGUGCUCCAUCUACAGAAGCUGCAGUCAGUGUGUUCUGGCCAGAGAUCCUCUGUGUGGAUGGAGCCGGACCACGAGGGCCUGCACCGGUCUGCAGGAGGGCGAUCAUGACGACAUGGCUCAGGACCUGGAACACGCCAACGUGGAAGAGCAAUGUCAGGGACAAACCGAGCCCGGGCGGGACAGAGAGAUCAGCGUUCAUCUGAACGAAGCUGUGCAGCUUCCGUGUCUGAAACCUUCAAACGUGGCCACGCUGAGCUGGACCUCCCCUCGAAUCAAGGACCACACGGAGAAACUCUUCAUCCAAUCAGCUGACGGUGUUUUGAGCUUCUUUGCCACCGCCGACACUUUCGGGACGUACCACUGCGAGGCAGAAGAAGGCGGGUAUAAGGAAGUGAUCGUGAGCUACGACGUCCGACAAGUUGCUCCACCGCGGGCCAUGAGCCCGAUUCCAGACACCGAAUCACAUCCACCAAUCGGCAGAGACGAGUCCUACGAGGACAUCGUAACUAAUGCGUCGGAGAGGUCUACGACACGAGCUUCAGCAGAGCCAGAGGGCAUCAUAACGAGCAAAGCUGGUGAUUUCACAACCUUUGUAAAAGAAGUCGACCCCGAUAAAGAUUCUACAUUGAAAACCGACUCUGAAGACGAAAAGGCAGACGCCCCGACGUCGAUACACGACGUCCAGUUCAGGAAGGAGCAGCCCGAUGACCUUCAGACCCUGACGAAGGAGAAAAGCUAUCACACUGAGCUGGUGGUCGUCUCGCUCCUGCUGACGACCUGCAUCUGCAUCCUGAUAUUCGGAGGGCUCCACAUGUGGCGCCACAGGAAGCUGGGCCUCAAAACCAAUGUUCUGGAGAGUCCGGGGGACGACAGCAGAAUCAAUCAGUCCAUGGAAAGCGUUCCCUCCCUGAGCAGCCCAGAGGACCCUGAGCUGAAGGUGGUGGAAUAACAAUCAGGACCACGGACCUCGCUCUGACAGAAAAGAAAUGACUUGACACUCGACUCGUUACAGGAAGUUAAAGACUCGUGACUCGAUGACUCGUCUGUGUUCAUUUGAUAUUUUAGUUUAAAUAUUUAAAUGUAGCGUUAGCCGUUUAGUGAGCGCACCCUGGGAAUGACUUCAGUCAACCUGAUGAUCUGUGAAUCCAAAUGAACAAAAUAAAGUUAUUUCAGUUUCAUUAAUUAUCAUACAAACGGGUUAAAUAAAGUGGCUAAUAAUGUAGUUAUUCUACUCGACAUGACGCAACCUGUCCAACAGAAAAUGACUUGAGACUUGUGAGACAUGUUAUUGACCUCCAGAAAAUAAAUAUAAAUCAUCUGUACAGCUCUUUAGACUGUCUAAAACCUGGACGUAGUCUCUGUGACGUCCCCGCAGACUGUCUAAAACCUGGACGUAGUCUCUGAGACGUCCCCGCAGAC